UGAGAUCACCCCUUGAAAUGUUCACCUCAUUCACUUCCUUCUUUGGUCUUAUUACAGGUAAACAAGUUUAUACGCCCACCAAACCGGCGUUUUAAAGUUCUGUAACAGAGAGAUGGCCAAAAUUGACAAACAGGCAAUUCGAGAUGCUUACGAAGAGGUCCGAAAUGACGGCAAUGACACCAACUGGGCUGUGAUGAAAUAUGAUGGAUCAAAUAUUGUGUUAAACUCUACAGGUUGUAGUUUUGAUGAUUUCGCGUCCAACUUUAGUGAUGACGAUCGGGUCUAUGGAUUUUUACGUGUUAUAGCAGGCGAUGAACUCAGCAAAAGGACUAAGUUUGCCUUGAUUGUGUGGUUAGGUAAAAAUGUAUCCGGAUUCAAACGAGCAAGAAUGGGUCCUGACAAGUCAUCAGUUAAAGAAGUUAUACGAAGUUAUGCUGUUGAGCUCAUGAUUAAUGAGAAAUCAGAACUGAACGAAGAUUUUAUCAGAGCUGCAAUUAUAAAGGCUGGGGGAGCAAAUUAUGGAACCGGAACUCGAGAUUGACGUCACUGGACUCUAGUUCCCUAAUAUUUGUAUUUUUCUUUUCAAACUGAAACAUGUGGAUUAAGAAAAUUGAGCCUGUCUCAUAAUAUCAUAGUUAUAUAUAUUUAUUGCUAAACAUUCAUUUGUUCACAGUUCAUAUACUUUUUUUUCUUCCAAUUUUACAACCAGUUACAAUGUAGACAUUUACAUGCGAAACGGGUGUGUUUUGACCAACGAAUUGGAUUGUUCAAAUGAUCAAUCAUGGCGACUGCCAUGUCGAGUUACCCUUUUAAGUUGACAAGUGAAGAGCUUAAAUAAAAAGCUACAACACAAAUAAA